AUGGAAUUAUGUACACAUUUACAUACACAGCUGUGUGCCUCCAUUUUGCAUCUACGGUGGCUGAGUUCUGCUGUUUUUUUUCUUUUUUUUUUUUUGCCUUCAAAUGGAUCCCCCUACCCUAGAAAUAACUGGUGUGUGUCUUUCCCUUUCCAUCACCGUCUUCCCGUUUUGCAAAAUUUAGCAGCAAGUUUCUCAGUGUGGGGGGGUGACGCGAUGCCUUCUCCCGUGGUGCUCACGCGGUCUGCGCCGGCGCGUGCCCUUAACAUUAAAAUGUUUGAUCGUCAAUUGAAGGGUCUUCAGCGAUGCCUUGUGGACGCUCCGGCGUGUGAUUUGCACAAACUUUGUGCGGAGCAGAUGCUGGACCGCCGCGCCUUUGUAAAGCGCGAUACCCCAGUGGUUUUGGAAGUUGGAGCGCACACAGGAUGGUUCUUUCGCCAAAUGCUUGAGAAAAAGCAGCUCUUUGGGCUUAAGCAAUACAUUCAGACGGACGUGUGUGAGGAGCGACUGAAUCGCAACUAUGAGGAGGUGAAGCACAUGAUUCCACCUGAUGUGGAGUUUGUACAGAUAUGUUGUGACGAGGAGGAGCCGGAUCCUUUCGGUGUUCCUGAGAGGACUGUGGAUAUGGUGGUGUCGUGUCUCUCCAUGCACUGGGUAAACGACCUUGAGACAGCCAUGGUGAACAUUCGCAGAGUUUUGAAAAAGGAUGCCUUUAUGCUACAUUCCAUGUUUGGUGGCAAUACGCUAUAUGAGCUCCGCGGGUGUUUCUCCAUGGCGCAGACGGAAGUGCUGGGCGGGGUCUCGCCGCACAUUUCGCCCAUGAUUGAUGGCGCUGGCUUGUCAACGCUUGUGUUGCAGGCGGGUUUUAAUCUCCCAAGUAUCGAUGUGGACCGUCACCUGCUGCUCUACCAAACGCCAUUUAACCUAAUGGAGCACCUCUCAACAAUGGGAGAAAGUGCUUGUCACUACAUGCGCCGGCCGCUGAACCGCGACGUUCUUCUUGCGGCGUGCGCCGCAUACGACGUCAUGUAUCGGAAAAAUGAGCUUAUUCCGGCGACGUUUGAAGUGUUCCACACCAUCGCGUGGAGCCCCAGUCCGACGCAGGCAAAGCCGCUGGAACGUGGGAGCGGCAUGGUGCCCCUUUCUAGUUGGAACUCGCAGAAUAAAAAGCGACUACAGGAUGUGUUGGACGAAUUCGCGCAGAAUCCCGACGAUGGGGCGCUGCAAGCUCGGGCGGAAGAACUGUUCCAGCAGCUGCGCGAAGAAAGCGCGGCGUUGCUUGAACGGAAGGGCCUUGACGUGCGUGGACUGGACGGCAACCGUGACGAGGAUGCACGCGAGAUGGAAAAAAGCAAGCCCGCCCCACCGUUCCAGCAAACCGACGGAAAUUCGGAUUAG